AUGUGUACAGAUAUCUCUAAAUCACAACAACAACAAAAGAGAAUAAAAAUAUCUAAAGAAAACGGAAGAAGACAAAAAGUUUUUCAAGAAAUUUACUUUUUCAUUUCCGAAUUCUUUUCUUCACUUCACACAAAUCCUAUAAAUAGGAAAACUAAAAAGACGAACAUGAUGAAGAUUUUCUUUUCUUAUCAUUUUCAUCCGAAAUUGGUAAAUGGCGAUAGAAAUUUUGUUGAAGAAGAUUUUUCUUCAAACAUGCCAACGUUUCAUGUUGUGCAAACAAUUGCGUCUGGUGAAUGUGGUUCAAAUGAUAAUAGAAAUCAGGCGGUUAGUUGA